AUGUCCCUGAGUCGUCAGAGUGUCGUGCACGACCUCUUCAAGGAGUUCACCGAGAAUCUCAUCAAAUAUCUCGAUCGACGGUUCCCUAAUAACAGCGUCUUGUUGGCACUGGCCCUGUUUGAUCCCGUUGAGUACUCCGGAAAGGAAGAGGUGGAUGCGUGGGGCGAGGAGGCGUUCGAAACGCUGAGGGUUUACUUCACGGAGUGCCUGAAGGAGAAGAAGCACAGGUAUGAUUGCCAUCCACAGAUCGAUUUCGAGGAGGCGAAGUUGCAGCUGUCCGUGUUUAAACAUGAGAUGUGGAAGUUGCGGCCAGCUGCUGUGGAGGAUUGGGAGGCGUUCUUAAAGUCAUAUGUGGAGCAGCAGCUGUUGUCACAGCUCGUUAGGUGUGGGGAGGUGUUUGGUUUUAGUGAUGAGGGCUAUGAGGGUGGUGAUGCCCCGGAGGGGCUGAAGGAGCGCGUGUGCAAGACAGCUAUGCACCACAUUAAUCUUAUGAUGCCCAAGCUCGCACCUAAGCAGCACCUGUUCUCGGAGAUGUGGAAGCUCGCGCUGUUCUGUGUGCAAAUUCAGCCCACGUCGGUCAAUUGCGAGCGCGUGUUUUCCGCCCGUGCCGUCAUGAAGCGGGAUUGGCGGACGCGCUUGUCAGCUAUUCGGCUUAACGAGGGUCUUAUCGUGAAGCUGAAUACGUUGGGUUCCUUGGAAGGAGGUGCAAUGUCGAAGGGGGCGAUGGCCAAGUACAAGUCCUCCACUAGGAUGCACUUCUACACGCAUAUCGCCGAUAAGGUUGAGAAUAUCCUUCGCGGCCCGCGCUUUAACCGCAUGCGAUCGGCUGUACGCUGUGUAGUGGCGGAGUCACUUCCAUCCUCCUUGGAUGCGCCUUGUGCAGUCGUUUCCUGCGCAGUUCGGUUCUACCACCUAAGCGAAACGAAUGAUUUUAAGGAGUUCUCCGAGAUUGUAACACAGGACGUGAAGUGGAGGCAACGUGGUCUUCUUCAGGGCAAGCAAACACACAGCGGAGCAGAGGCCGUCCACACGGCACUGCUGGAAUUGCAUGCUGCUUACCAGGACCUGACAUUCUCCGUCAUCACUUAUGCCGAAGAGGAGGGCCGUGUAGCCAUGUUUUGGACUGCCGUCGGCACCAACCGGGUCGGAUUGUUCGGCAUGCAGCCCUCAUUCAAGCGCAGCACGUUUUCGGGUGUUAGUCUGGUGCAGCUGAACUCGGAGGGUCGCAUCAGUGAAAUUAUUGAGUAUAGGCAACCGACGCACGAGGAGAUGGCUGCGUACCUCCGGCGCGACCUACCCGGACCGCAGCGUGCCACCAUCGAACGCCUGCUCCUGCGCGGCCACGCCGCGCCAGCUCCCGCUUCCGCCAGCAGCGGUGCUUCAGGCAGCUUCUGCCAGCUGCCAUCCUCAUCCACUAUCGACCCCAUGUGGCGCGUGCGGGCGGUGCAGGCUGCGACGGAGUGGGUGGAAAACUGGACGCCGGGGCCGGAUUUGGAAAACAUGGUGCGGGACGAUAUUGAGGAGUUCAACAUUUACAGUUGGCCGGACUUCGAGCAGGACGUGGUAGGGCGGGACGCCCUUGAGGAGCGCCGCAGCAGAAACUCGCAGGACGCGGUCAUUAUCCGGGAGACCAUCGCCGAUUCUACCACCAACGUUGUGGUGGUGCACUGGUUUGACUUCGAACAGUCACAGCCCAUGGGCUUUGGCUACGGCGAUGCCACUGGCGAUGCCGCGGGCGCAGGCGCAUCAGCAGCGGCAGCCAAGGCGGCUGGGGCGGCGCCUGGAGUGCCGCAGGAGGCCCUGCCGCGGCAGCAGCCGACGCUGCAUCCCGAGCACGGCAGCGUGGAGGUGAAGAACGGUCAUCUCCGUGUGCACCUCUCCCCCAGCCCUACGCUGCGCCGCUCCCUUGGGAGCGAGGACGACUUGGGUGGACCUUUCAGCACCGGCCCACGACUGCACAAGUACCGCGGAGUGACGCUGUUCAGGCUGGACGAGGACUGCAAGCUCGCCUGGCUGGUCACCUUCCGCGAGAUGAAGGCUACCGAGCUUGAUACGUAUCUCUCACAGAAGCUGCCGGCAGCGGCCAUAUGAAGAUGUUGAUGGGACGUCGAAGGGAUAGGGAACAUUCAGGGUUGCAUUCCAAUGCUUGGCGGUGCGCUCUGCGUCGCCUGUCACAUCAAGCGGUGCGACCGCAUACCGUACUGACUCCUGGCCAGCCCCCACCUCCUUACCUCUGAUCCCACUUCCUUGCGUGCGUUGUCCUUGAUGUAAAGUAGGACAUGGGGGCUGGGAAGCUGAAGGAGCCUGUCUCCUGCGAUCCAGGCGUAGUGGGAGAAGUGGGGUGUGAGCCGGGCACGGCCUUGUGAACAGCCGUCUGGCGGCUUGGCAGGACACAACGUUUGGCUGCUGGUCGUGCGGCAUGACAUCGUGUUUAAUUGGCGAGGGAAACGUGGUGUUGGUUGUAGAGGGAGAAGGGUUGAGCGCCCAACUGUGCAUGCACGCUGUUGGACGCAUCGCACGGCAAUGUCAGCGGCCGGGGAAGAAACGCUUCUGAGCGAGUCUGGUCAUGGGCCAGGACAUGACGCGCGGGUUGAUUUAAGGUUGGCAGUUUUUAUCUAUUCACAUCCUUAAUGGCUUCUGUCAGCUGCCAUUGCCUUAUAUUGGACAAGGCCGCAGUGCUUGUGGGAACUCUAUCAGGAGGAGGAUUGCGUAGAUAGUCGCCAAUGUUGUGAAUGUGCGCCUUCACCCGAGGAUUCAUAUGCUUCACAGCACACACAAUCACAGAUCGUGGAGCUUAGAACGCGGCCUUAACUUUGGACUAGUGUUUUGUGCAUCAUUUAUAAGCUGACAGGGGUUGCUCUCCUUAGGGAUUAGAUCCAAUCACAAUCUUUCUGGGUGAAAUUGUUUUCUCGUUUCUGGGCCGGCCGAGGCAAAAGCCUCGGGUCUGCAAGCUGCGUGUAGCCGUUAGAAGUCCGCCGCGGUAGAGCUUCCCUGUUCCUGUGUCAUGUCACUGGCGUGUCCCCGUCGUGUCACCUGGGUGCUGUUAUGUAGGCCUUGGGGGUGGUUGCAGUGUCAUGUGUUGCGCGUCAGUCAUUGGCGCAUGGCGUCACCCGUCCUUUUUAAGGUACAGGUCGGGGGUUGCUGUGUCGGGCUUAAGGUUGCUGGCCAGGGACCGCGCUGAUGCCCUGCGGACGCCAGUCGGGUGCGUGUCCCCAGCGCCUGGUCCUCUGGCCCUCAAGUAUUCUUUCCUUUCGCACUUGCGAGAUGUUCAGUGCAUGUGAUGAUGCUCUAUCUGCGUAUGGUAGCUGCACUCGGGAACAGGAAGGGGGCCGCUGUGUAGUGCUGCACGGGGUGCUGAAGUUAUGGUAGGGGCCAUACAAAUGCCCGUGUCACAAAGAGAUGCUCGA